AUGGAAGACUCGACCCCCCUGAAACAAAAAAUAGAACACCAAGAACUUGGGGAAACAGGGAGGCCGUGGGAAGAAAUGGUAACAGCCUCCCAAGAUCCUGAACCUGGGUUAUCCGAGGCCUCAGAGUCGGAGCAGGGGCUGGAAACUGGACCCCAGCCCAGGAGCAGCCCUCCUGGGAUCCCCCAAUCUGGAGCCAGCACGCCUGUGGAUGACCUCGUAGGACCAGGUGUGUCAUCUCCACCUUCCCCAUCUCAAGAGCCCUCUUCCACUCCUCCCCUGGCUCUGGCCGUGCAGGACCUUAUGGCACCAUGGCAGUCAGACAAGACCACUAGUGUGAUUUCUGAAGCUGGGACACCUCACUUUGACCAUUUGGAACAAUCAUCUGUUAAAGGAGAAUCAACUCCUCAUCAAACAUGCCAAUCAGAGGGAAACACUUUUCAUCAAUCUCAGCAAACCAAAUGUCACCUGUAUGGACCGAGGGAUGUGAGCUACAACAGCUCUAAACGGAAAGAGCUGAGAUUUGACAUUUUUCAAGAAGAAGACUCAAACAGUAACUAUGAUCUGGAUCAGCCUGAGUCUGGGGCUUCUGAAGUGGCCCCCAGCAUGCUUGAGAUUGCCAUUCAGAAUGCUAAGGCUUACCUACUAAAGUCCAGUAGCAAGUCGGGCUUAAAUCUAUAUGAUCAUCUUUCUGAAAUGCUGACCAAGGUCUUAGAUAAGCGUCCUGAAAAUGCUGUGGACAUCAUUGAAAAUGUUAGCCAAGAUGUGAAGAUGGAACACUUUAGUAUAAAACUGGAUACGCUCCAAAAUGAGAAUGAGAUGCUUCCAGCCUAUGAAACAGCAGAGAAGCAAAAAGCUCUUUUUCUCCAGGGAAAUUCAGAAGGAGCUGACCAAGAAAUGGAAGAUGAAAUAGCAGAACACUCUCUUCCAAAUGUAAUGGAGUCGGCUUUUUAUUUUGAACAAGCUGGAGUCGGUUUGGGCACAGAUGAGACUUAUCGCAUAUUUCUUGCCCUCAAGCAGCUUACUGACACCCACCCAAUCCAAAAAUGUCGUUUCUGGGGUAAGAUCUUAGGUCUGGAAAUGAAUUAUAUUGUAGCUGAAGUGGAAUUCCGUGAGGGAGAAGAUGAAGAGGAGGUGGAAGAGGAAGAUGAAGCUGAAGAGAGGGACAAUGGAGACAAUGAAGCUGAUGAAGGUGAAUUACCGAGGUCCUUUUCCAAGGCCCCACAGGCUACUCCAAAGGAAGAAAGCAGAACAGGUGCCAACAAAUAUGUCUAUUUUGUUUGCAAUGAACCAGGAAGACCAUGGGUGAAGUUACCAGCAGUUACACCUGCACAAAUUGUUAUUGCAAGAAAAAUCAAGAAAUUUCUCACUGGGCGAUUGGAUACCCCCAUCAUAAGCUACCCACCCUUCCCAGGAAAUGAGAGCAAUUACUUACGAGCACAAAUUGCCAGAAUUUCAGCAGGGACGCAGGUCUCCCCUCUAGGAUUCUAUCAUUUUGGUGAAGAAGAAGGAAAAGAGGAGGAAGAAACAGAAGGCAGGCGAGAUAGCUUUGAAGAAAACCCUGAUUUUGAAGGCAUCCAAGUGAUUGAUCUAGUGGAAUCCCUAUCCAAUUGGGUUCAUCAUGUACAACAUAUACUCCCCCAGGGUCGCUGUAAUUGGUUCAACCCCUUACAAAAAAGUGAGGAGGAAGAAGCAGCAGAAGCAGAAGCAGAAGCAGAAGAAGAAGAAAGAGAAGAGCCUGACUCCAUAGAACAGGAAGUAGGACCUCCUCUCUUGACACCAAUCUCUGAAGAUUUAGAGAUCCAGAAUAUACCGCCUUGGACAACACGGUUAUCCUCAAAUCUCAUUCCUCAAUAUGCUAUUGCAGUCCUUAGAUCCAACCUUUGGACUGGAGCAUAUGCCUUUUCCAAUGGCAAAAAGUUUGAAAAUUUCUACAUAGGCUGGGGUCAUAAAUAUAGUCCAGACAGCUAUACACCUCCAGUUCCACCACCAGUUUAUCAAGAGUACCCCAGUGGACCAGAAAUUACAGAAAUGGAUGACCCUAGUGUGGAAGAGGAGCAGGCUUUCAGGGCUGCACAAGAAGCAGCUGUAAAUUCAACAGAGGAAAAUGAAGAAACUGAGGAAGAUGAAGAUGACUAUGACUAA